UAUAAGCCUCCUCGGAGGCCCCUAAGCUCUCCAAAUUGUUAAAAAGAUAAUUACUUCAUAACAAGCAUCGAAGCACAAUGGCCGUUGCAAAGAGUGUUGUUAUUCUUAUUUUGCUCUUUGCAUUGGCCAGUUAUGCAGAUGCUGCUCCUAAACCAAGGCCUCCCGUUGGUCAUGAUGUUUUCGGGGUUAGAAAAAGCUCUAAGGAUGUCCUCCUUCCCGGGGAGAAACUAGUUAAUGUCUUGAGUUUUGGCGCCAAAGGUGAUGGUGUGACUGAUUGCACUCAGGCUUUCAUGCAGACAUGGCAAGCAGUCUGCAAAAAACCAGGACAAAACAGGUUUUAUGUUCCUGCUGGUAGAUUUUUGGUUUCGGAAAUAAUUUUUGCAGGACCAUGUCUUGCUCCAAAGCCAGUAACAAUUCAAGUGGUAGGAACUAUUUUGGCUACCACUGAUAUUUCUGAGUAUGCAAACGGAAGAUGGUUCGAGUUUCAAGACUUGAAUGGCCUAAAAAUGCUCGGUGGAGGUACUUUUGAUGGACAAGGUCAAGAAUCAUGGAAAUUCGCUGAGGAUUGUAAAUCUGGCAACGGAGAUACUGCUUGUGUGCCAAAUCCACCCAGUUUGUAUUUCACAAAAGUGCAAAAUGCAAUUAUAAUGGGCAUUAAAUCAGUGAAUCCCAAAGGAUUUCACGUAUUCGUUACUCAAUGUUCAAACAUUAGGUUGCAAAGACUUAGGCUCACUGCACCUGAUACCAGCCCAAACACUGAUGGCAUUCAUAUUAGCACCUCCUACGGUGUGAAAAUAAAUAGAUGCACCAUUGGAACCGGGGAUGAUUGUGUCGGUAUGAUAGACGGUUCUGAACAAAUUGCGAUCAACAAACUCAAAUGUGGACCUGGACAUGGUAUCAGUAUCGGUAGUCUUGGAAGGAGAGCAGACGAGCGAGAGGUGAAAGGUGUAAGGGUACAGAACAGUGAAUUGAUUGGCACAGACAACGGUUUGAGAAUAAAAUCAUUUCCAGAGAGAUUUGCUGGUGGAGCAUCUGAGAUAUUUUUCACUAACAUUAACAUGACAAAUGUUAAAAAUCCAAUCAUUAUUGACCAGGAAUAUGAAUGUGAUGAUAUUUGUAAAAAGAAGCCUUCAUUGGUGAAGAUUGCAAAUAUUCAUUUUUCAAAUAUAAGGGGAACUUCAGCUACACCAAUGGUAGUGGAUAUGAGAUGCAGCAAGAUGCAUACAUGCCCCGGUGUUACAUUUAAUAACGUCGACCUAAAGUUUGGAUCAGCCCUUACCACAGCUAGAUGUGUCAAUGUUAAGCCUGUCUAUACUGGCUUGGCAAAGCCACCAAUUUGCCCAUAA